AUGACAAGAAGAUAUUGGAACAUAAAUUUGGAAGAGAUGAUGGAAGCAGGAGUUCAUUUUGGUCAUGGUACUAGUAAAUGGAAUCCUAGAAUGGCACCUUAUAUCUCCUCAAAGCGUAAAGGUAUUCAUAUUAUAAAUCUUAUUAGAACCGCUCGUUUUUUAUCAGAAGCUUGUGAUUUAGUUUUUGAUGCAGCAAGUAGGGGAAAACAAUUCUUAAUUGUUGGUACCAAAAAGAAAGCAGCUGAUUCAGUAGCACGGGCUGCAAUAAGGGCUCGUUGUCAUUAUGUUAAUAAAAAAUGGCUCGGUGGUAUGUUAACGAAUUGGUAUACUACGGAAACGAUACUUCAUAAGUUCAGGGACUUGAGAAUGGAACAAAAGAUGGGGAGACUCAACCGUCUUCCGAAACGAGAUUCGGCUAUGUUGAAGAGACAAUUAUCUCACUUGCAAACAUAUCUGGGCGGGAUUAAAUAUAUGACGGGAUUACCCGAUAUUGUAAUAAUCGUUGAUCAGCAAGAAGAAUAUACGGCUCUUCGGGAAUGUAUCAUUUUGGGAAUUCCAACGAUUUGUUUAAUCGAUACAAAUUGUGACCCCGAUCUUGCAGAUAUUUCGAUUCCAGCAAAUGAUGACGCUAUAGCUUCAAUCCGAUUAAUUCUUAACAAAUUAGUAUUUGCAAUUUGUGAGGGUCGUUCUAGCUAUACGAAAUACGUGAUUAAUAAUAAGAUAUAA